GAGCGGGGGCUUCCUCAUGGCACACAUGCGGACCGACAAAAAGUGAAUGGCACUCGCACGCAUAAGUGACACCGAGGCGAGCAGAGAGAGAAGCCGGGCCGAAGCCCACGAAGAGUGGACAGCAUGAACAUGAAACCCGCGGGAGGUUGUUAUAGUUUCCACCCACCGGCGGCUCCGAAAGCCAGUCUUUAGGACUCACCGCAGGUUGAAUUCGCCUCCGUCGGGGAAAGUUCAGCCGUGGCUGUACGAUGGUUGAAAAUGGGUCUCACCUGAACAGCUCCUCGCAGGACCCGAGCCGCCCGCCCUGGGUCACCACAACUUUGGGCUGCUUCCUCAUCUUCACCAUUGUCGUCGACAUCCUGGGCAACCUGCUGGUCAUCUUCUCCGUGUAUCGGAACAAGAAGCUGAGGAACGCAGGUAACAUCUUUGUGGUGAGCCUGGCAGUGGCAGACCUUGUGGUGGCGAUCUACCCGUAUCCUCUGGUCCUCACCUCCAUUUUCCACAAUGGCUGGAACCUGGGUUACGUCCAUUGCCAGAUCAGCGGCUUCCUCAUGGGCGUCAGCGUUAUCGGCUCCAUCUUCAACAUCACCGGCAUCGCCAUCAACCGUUACUGCUACAUCUGUCACAGCCUCAAAUAUGACAAGCUGUACAGCGACAAAAACUCUGUCUGCUAUGUGUUGCUAAUAUGGGCGCUGACUGUUGUGGCCAUUGUGCCCAACCUGUUCGUGGGUUCGCUUCAGUAUGACCCACGAGUUUACUCCUGCACCUUUGAGCAGUCAGCCAGCUCAGCGUACACAAUCGCAGUGGUUUUUUUUCACUUCAUUUUACCUAUCAUGAUUGUCACCUACUGCUACCUGCGUAUUUGGAUAUUGGUCAUACAGGUGAGGAGGAGGGUCAAACCAGACAAUCGACCCAAGCUGACGCCACAUGAUGUUCGAAACUUUGUGACAAUGUUCGUUGUUUUUGUGCUCUUUGCCGUCUGCUGGGCACCUCUCAACUUCAUUGGACUGGCUGUAGCAAUCAAACCAGAGGUGGUGGUUCCCCUUAUCCCUGAGUGGUUAUUUGUGGCCAGCUACUUCAUGGCCUACUUCAACAGCUGCCUUAAUGCCAUCGUGUACGGUGUGCUGAACCAGAACUUCCGACGGGAGUACAAGCGAAUUAUAGUGUCGGUGUGUACAGCUCGCAUCUUCUUCCAGGACAGCUCCAAUGAUGCAGGAGAGAGGCUGAAGAGUAAACCAUCCCCACUCAUGACCAACAAUAAUCAGGUCAAAGUAGAGUCCGUCUGAACCACAGCUCAAAAUGGAUCUCUUUAAAAAAGCUGAGUGACAAAAAUACCAAAUAUAAAUAUCAAACAGUUUCUAUCUUUGAGCUGUCCAGACUCAUAAUGUACGGUGCUAUUUGACCUUUGAACAAUCACAGUAAGAACAAGGGUGCAUAUUAUUUGUCUUUUAUGAAGCACUUUGACCCUGCAGUACCUGUAGUACAGUGAAUAUAUGAUUUCUGUUUUGUUUUCUUGUUUACAGUGAUAAUCUAUAUGUAUCAUGCAUUAUAUAAGUAUUUAUUUUGUAUGAAAUGUUAUGUAGAUAUAUAGUCAGAUAUAUGAGGUUACAGUUGAAUUAAAAAAGAAAAAGAAAAGAGGAUAAUAGGACAUUGCUACAAAACCUGUUGAAAAUAUAACCAGAAGUUUAUAAAUAAAGUUAAGCAACUUUUAAUUUGUGACACCGUAAUACUAAUGGAGUACAAGCAAUAUGGGUUGCUGCUAUCUUAUAAUUUCCUGGCCAGCCAUGCUAAUUCUUUUCUUCUUAGAUGCCAAGACUAAGUCUGGCUCCUCUGGGCUUAGCCUUCAAUUCCAGGGGAUGUGUCAACAGACGCAGAAGAAAUGGCCUAUGGACGCCAUUGGAUAAGCAUACUACCAAUCAGAGAAACAAAACAUGUGGCACAGGCAGAGCGAUAACCAGACUAGUAUCAAUGAAAGAAAUCCAAAAUGGCAUGCAGUGGUGAAUGUUGGUUUGACAGUUAGCUGCCGCCAUCUUGUUUGUUUUUUAAACAGUGGAUAUCUUGGACACUCAGUGCAUAAAGACCACCCUGCCCUGUUGCUAUCUGUUUAAUAGGUUAUGUACCGGUGGAAAUAACCCAUUUCACGAGAGAGAAUUUUUGAGAAGUGAAUAGGUAUGGCUGGCCAGGGUAGUCUUAUACCUUUCAGUACUAUUAUUAGGUGGAACAUUACAUUUAGUAAGGAAGCUCUUUCUGUCCACCUUGUGAGCUCAUUUAAUGUAUGCAUGGAUAUCGAGAAUUGUCUAUUUUCAAAUAAAAAUCAAAUAUUGAUGAUAAACGAUAAGUGGGAUGUAGGGUUUGCUUUAGCGUAGUGGUUUUUUUUAAAUUCACAAAUAAAGGCCAGUUCUGUAACUGGUUUUGAUAAUUCUUAUUUAUUUUGACUU